CAGUGGGUGAGAGGGGGGACGGAGCUAUCACACAGCGGAGGAUACAGCGUGCGCCUCCGAGUCAUCCUCUCGUUGGCUCAUCUCACUGUUUUCUCCACCUCUCCGUUCCCUGCUGGAUCCCUUCUGGGUGGGGGGGGGGGUGGUUAAUAACACGACACCAUUGAGUCAGCCUACGGCCGUAGAGUUCUGCUUCAUUUCUCGGCUGUUCUGAAUGACGGGCGGAAGGUUCGACUUCGACGAUGGAGGAACAUACUGCGGAGGAUGGGAGGACGGAAAAGCCCACGGACAUGGCAUCUGUACCGGGCCAAAAGGCCAGGGCGAAUACGCCGGCUCCUGGUCGCACGGCUUUGAGAUAGUGGGGGUGUACACCUGGCCCAGCGGGAAUACGUACCACGGCUACUGGUCCCAGGGGAAGCGGCAUGGACUUGGGGUCGAAACCAAAGGGAAGUGGACUUACCGCGGCGAGUGGAGCCACGGAUUCAAGGGUCGCUAUGGACUCCGACAGAGUCACAAUACACCUGCCCGGUACGAUGGGACGUGGAGUAACGGGCUACAGGACGGGUAUGGGAUCGAGACCUAUGGUGACGGUGGUACAUACCAGGGCCAGUGGAUGGGCGGGAUGCGGCACGGUUAUGGCGUGCGCCAGAGUGUUCCCUACGGCAUGGCAACGGUGAUCCGUUCUCCGCUCCGUACCUCUCUAGCGUCCCUACGCUCCGAGCAGAGCAAUGGCACCGUGCUCCAGGACCUCUCGGGUGACACGCCCACCGGCGGCCGCGGCGGGUUCGUCCUCAACUUCCACUCGGACAGCGAGGUGGUCACCGGGAAGAAGAAGGGUCUGUUCCGCCGCGGGUCGCUGUUUGGGAGCCUCCGUCGGCUACACAAGUCCGAAUCGAAGUCGUCCAUCUCCAGCAAGAGGAGUUCGGCACGCAGCGACGCCGCUAUGAGCCGCAUCAGCUCCUCCGACGCAGACGCCAACUCCACCAUCUCCCUGGGCGACGGAGAGCUGCCGGAAGAGGACCUGCUAUUGGAGGAUCACGUGGAUGCCACCACCACCGAGACAUAUAUGGGGGAGUGGAAGAACGAUAAGCGCAACGGGUUCGGCGUCAGCGAACGUUCCAACGGGAUGAAGUACGAGGGGGAGUGGCUGAACAACAAGCGCCACGGUUACGGCUGCACCACCUUCCCCGAGGGGAACAAGGAAGAAGGGAAGUACAAGAAUAACGUGCUGGUGCGUGGAAUAAGGAAGCAGUUGAUCCCUCUAAAGAACCCCAAAACCAAAGAGAAAGUGGACCGGGCCGUGGAGGGGGCACGGAGGGCAGCGGCCAUCUCCAGGACGAAGGUGGAAAUAGCAGCUUCCAGGUAGGUUGGUGAGGUGUGUGUGUGUGUGUGUGUAUGUAUGAGAGAGACAGAGUGAGAGACAGAAUAUGUGUAUGAUGGAAUGUGUGUUACACCUGUAAAUUCACACACUAGUAUACGGCAUUCGAAUCCGCAAGAUCAAAGGCCCUUCCUACACUCCCUGUGUGCCUGGUAUGACUGGUAUGGCUGUGCAACCAGCUAGCGGAGUGUUACCGCGUAACUCCUGGCUCUUUCUGUGGAGCAUUACACUAUGGAUCUCCAGUUGGAUGGUUCAGCUCAGUUGUGAUUGAAGUGUGACAAGAGACAGUGGACCCUAAAGUUGAUUCGUCAUCGUCGCUGCUUUUCAAAUCAAAUCAAAAUGGAAUUGUAUUAGUCACUUACUUACGAGCCCCUAACCGACAAUGAAGUUUAAAAAAUAAAUAAAAUA